AUGGGCCUCGCUUCAGUCAUCACAGCUUUCGUUUUGGCUUCGCGCCUCUUCUCGCUUCCUGCACUUGCUGUGCCAGCUCCAGCGCCACAGGCUGCCCCCAGCCCUGAUGCCGGUGCUGGUGCCGACACCACCGCCGCCGCCUCCAACUGGUGGUUCGCGAAUAUCGAUCGCCAAGGUGUUGCUGCCUUUGGGGUUGACGGCUACCAAGUCUUCCGCAACGUCAAAGACUUUGGAGCCGUUGGCGACGGUAUCGCCGACGACACAGAUGCGAUCAACACGGCCAUGUCCUCGGGCAAUCGCUGCUUUUUUGGCUGCGAUUCCUCCACCACCACUCCCGCUCUCGUCUACUUUCCUCCAGGAACCUACCUCGUCAGCCGCCCCCUGAUCCCCAUGUACUAUACCCACAUGGUCGGUGACAUUCACAACCCCCCAACACUUCGUGCCGCGCCCAAUUUUGCCGGCAUGGCCGUCGUCGACGCCAACCCGUAUGAUAACCAGGGGAACAAUGCCUGGACCAACCAAAACAACUUCUUCCGCCAGAUGAGGAAUUUUGUCGUCGACCUCACUGCUCAGCCGUUUACUACGGGUACCGGCAUCCAUUGGCAGGUCGCCCAGGCCACUAGCUUGCAGAACAUCCUCUUCCGCAUGCGCACCGACGGCGGCGAGGCCAAUGCUCAGCAGGGCAUCUUCAUUGAUAAUGGCUCAGGAGGCUUUAUGACCGAUCUCACCUUCGUCGGCGGUCGUUUCGGCAUGUUUGUUGGUAGCCAACAGUUCACCACGAGGAACAUGACGUUCAACAACUGUCAAACGGCCAUCUUCAUGAACUGGAACUGGUUGUGGACUCUUCAUGGCCUAAGCAUCAACGACUGCAGCAUCGGCAUUAACAUGGCGAAUGGCGGCUCCGUCGGCGCUCAGACGGUUGGUUCUCUCCUCCUGCUCGACAGCACUAUCAGGAAUACCCGAACCGGCGUCAUGACGGCCUACGAUCCUUCAUCACCCUACACGAACGGGACCUUGAUCCUUGACAAUGUCGACAUGUCCUCCAACGUGGAGGCUGCUGUUCGCAAUGAGGUCAGCCAGCAGGUCAUUCUACCCGGUAAUCAGAAAAUUGGUUCGUGGGCUCAGGGCAAGGCCUAUACCCCCACGAAUGGCGGUCAAGAUAUCCAGGAUACACGCCCCGCUGUCACGAAGCCUGCUGUCCUUUUGGACUCGAACGGACGAUUUGCAACUCGCAGCAAGCCUCAGUACGAUAACGUACCUGCGAGCAGCUUUCUUCGUGCAAAGGCCAAUGGCUGCGUUGGCGAUGGCGUCACGGACGAUACCGCCGCCAUCCAGGCACUGUUUAACAAGGCGGGUCCUAAUGACGUUGUCUACUUUGACCAUGGGGCCUACAUCAUCACCGACACAGUCCAGGUUCCCAAGGACAUUAAGAUCACUGGUGAAAUCUGGCCGCUCAUCUUGGCGGGUGGAAACUCCAACUUCAAAGACCAGAACAACCCCAAACCCAUGCUCCGUGUCGGCGAACCCGGCGAUGUUGGCAACUUUGAGAUGAGCGACCUCAUGAUUGAGACGCAAGGUCCCCAGCCUGGUGCCAUCCUCAUGGAGUUCAAUGUUGCUGGCACCCAGCCCGGCGCUGCCGGCCUUUGGGACGUUCACUUCCGCAUUGGCGGCACUGCUGGAACCCAGCUUCAGGCUGACAAGUGUGCAAAGACGCCGGCUGUCACGACCACGCCGAAUCCCGAAUGUUUUGGUGCUUGGCUCCUGAUCCACAUGACUCCCGAGUCUUCAGGCUACUUUGAAAAUGUCUGGUGGUGGGUGUCUGAUCACGAGCUUGACCAGACCGGCUGGGGUCAGAUCAACAUCUACAAUGGCCGCGGUGUUCUCAUUGAAUCGACAAAAGGAUCGUGGCUGUGGGGCACCGCUUCAGAGCACAGCGUUCUCUACAACUACCAGUUCAACAAUGCCAAGAACGUCUUCAUGGGUCACAUUCAGACGGAGACGGCCUACUUCCAGGGCAACCCUGAUGCUCUUGUGCCGUUCACAGUCAACGCCAAAUAUCUUGACCCGGAUUUUGAGGCUUACUGCGCGGCGCACUCGAUCCAGCAAGAUCGCUGCCCCCGUACGUGGGGCGUCCGCGCGAUUGGCUCGAGCGACAUCUUCCUCUAUGGAGCUGGCAUGUACUCUUUCUUUGACAACUACGCCCAGGAAUGUGUUCCUCAGAACAACUGCCAGGACCAUAUGACAUCUCUCGAGAACACGUCGGUUCGUUUCUUCGGCAUCAGUACUAAGGCUUCAGUCAGCAUGAUUACGGUGGACGGCGAGACAGCCGCUCUCGACAGCGACAACCGUAACAACUUCUGUGCCACCAUCGCGACGUUUGAAUCCUAG